CGCUAGUUCAUGACUUGAGGAAAAUAGCAGACAGCGCACGCGCACCCUGUACUUCUGGCUGCUAGAAAAUCAGAGUUUAUAUCUUGCGACAGGGAAAAACGCCAAAGUCAGAUAAAAAAAAUGGCGACGAUUACCCGCACGCUUCGACCUUAUCUCAGAACUCUUCGGCAGCAGGCAAGGUGUUAUGCAGAUGCACCCGCUGGUGAUCAAAUGAAAUUUACCUUUGCAGGCGCAAAUCAAGUAUUUUAUGAUCAAGCUGCAGUACGCCAAGUAGAUGUGCCGUCGUUCUCUGGUGCAUUUGGUAUUUUACCGAAACAUGUUCCGACAUUAGCAGUGUUGAAACCAGGAGUUGUCACGGUAUAUGAGUACAGUGGUGAAUCUAAGAAGAUAUUUGUUUCUUCUGGAACUGUCACUAUUAAUGAAGAUUCCAGUGUACAGAUUUUAGCUGAGGAAGCCCACCCUGUCGAUAGCCUUGACAACUCGGCUGCAAAGGAUGCUCUCAGCAAGGCACAACAGCAACUUUCAUCGGCAUCAUCCGAGAGAGACAAGGCUGAAGCAGCCAUUGCUGUAGAAGUUGCAGAAGCCAUUGUCCAAGCUACUCAAUAAAAUGCUCGUCAUGCAUAACAAAAGGAAGUUAACAUUUCACUUGAGUCAUAGCGUUAAACACACAGUGUGCGAUAUUUGCAUACAACGUAAUGAUCCAUACCUUGUUACAUCUAUGUAUAGUUAAAAAAGAAAAGAAAAAAAAAUGAUAAAUGUCUUUUUAUCAGUCUA